UCAAACUUCAUAAUCUUACCGACAUCCGUUUUAUUCGAAUCAACUCUGAUAACUACAGAUAAGAAUGGGUCGUAAACUAUAGAUCGUGUACACUGAAAGGCUAAAGAGUGUUUUUAUUUAAAAAAUAUAUAUAUUAAAUGGGUGUUAAAAGGAAGCAAGUGUUACAUGUAGUGUCUGGGUGGGAAUCUGUGGAAUUAAUAUUAAAAUGUGUUUUUGUGGGUUUGUGGCAAAUGAUACAACUUUCAGUUCAAAGGUUAUGGAAAGGGUACAGGAGGAAAUUAUCCAAGAACUCUCCACCUGUCGAACUAACCGUAGACUCAUCUAUUGGUAUACACUGCUACAUUAAAAUUAUGGGUGUAAAAUAUCAUUAUGUUGAAACUGGCCCAAAAAACGGUCAAAUAGUACUCAUUCUUGGCGAUGCACCUGACAAUGGAGACCUUUGGGUUCCAAGCUGGUCAUCAGUAGUCAGGCGUUUAGCUGAACUUGGUCAUCAUGUCAUAACCCUAGACCUUAGGGGUAAUGGAGCUAGUGAACCAGGGGAUAGGAUUGACUUGUCUCCACCACGGGCUGUUGAAGAGUUGAAAUCUUUAUUGAUAGCCCUUGGUGUGUCAGAAAGCGAUCCUGCAGUGGUCAUCGGCUUUGGAAUUGGAGGUAUGCUCACUUGGUAUCUGGUUCAUUGCGAAGGAUCCUUGGUGAGCAAAUUCGCGGUGAUCGCAGCACCGCAUCCGAAUCUCUACUGGCAACACCCACCUGCAGCGUUUUGCCAUCGAUCUUUACAUUUUAUUCAGUGGCCAUAUUUCCCGGAAAAGUGGCUAGCUGAAGGCGCCAUGCAGGAAGGUAGCCAGUGGGCCAGCUCUCGUGCAAGGGACUGGAGCGGCGCCCUGAACUACGUCAGAAGCGCGGCGUGGUACCGCAUCGCGGGCGAGCACCGCGUGGCGGCGCGCGGGCUGCUGGCGGGCGCGCGGGACAGCGCGGCGCAGCUCGUGGCGAGCGCGCAGUUCUGCGCGCACCCCGCGCUGCGCCUGCUGGCCGAGCCCGGCCCCGGGGACAAGGACUUGCCCGCUCUGAUGCUCGACUUCCUCGUGGGUAAACAGAAACCGACAGAGGAAGUUUCCAAGGGGUUAAUGGGCAGAGUGCUAGGGGCGGUUGCCGACCGGGGACGGGAACUCACAGCCCGCUUAGCGUUACCAGCGAACGCGUGACAUACGAAUUUAGUCUCCAAGAAUCUUGGAGUUAUUUAUAUAGCAAAAAUGUGUUUAAAAUUGUAAUGGCAUCUAUUUUUGUUAUAGCUAAGAUUAAUAUUUUUUAAAUUUAAAUAUAUGGCAAUUUAAUUUUAUUUAAGAUGUAGAAUAAUAUUGUAAAUAAAAAAUGUAGAUUUUAUUGCAUUAGAGUUCAAAUGGAUUGCUAUUUGUCAAUAACAUUCAUAUAUACACGCAUAUAUAAAGUGCUCAGAACUCGUAAACAUAUUUAAUCGAUUUCCCUGCAUUUAUUAGUUUGCGAUCACGUGACAUGUCUUAACGACUGAUAAAAGGUCACAGAGGACGUGAAAUGCAUUGAUAAAAAUAUUGUUUAAAACGAGAUCAAUAACUGUUCAAGUAAAUAUUGUUCAGGAGAAUCAUUUAAUGUUAUUUAAGUGAAUAUUUCAUGAAGUUAUUAUAAAUUCUGUGGUUUGGUGCUAAAAGAAUAAAACACAUCUUUGAGUAAAAUGUAAAACACAAUCUUGUCAUUUUCCAAAUCAUAAUAAAAAAUGUGAAUACAUUGUUAUAUAAUAUAUUGUUACAACUAUCAAAUACUGUUAAAUGUUUUUAUUAUGAUUAGGAAAAUUAAAGGUUAUUAAUAUUUUUAGCACCAGAACACAGAAUUAUGAUAUUUUAAAGUUAAGUCG